AGAGAGAAGAUCAAGAUAAUAAAUCCUUAAUUAAUUUUCCUCAGAGUGUUUCUGUAAGAAGUAAUGCACGUGAAUAUUUCACCACGACAGGCCAUCCAUAAGAAGUUUGUUAACAACGAAAAAUAACGUCAGCGUUGCUAGAAACAGAGAUCUCAAGUGUUUGGAAAGUAGACCUGGAGUGAGGCUGCAGGCCCAGGCGGCUCAGCUGCAGAGAUGUGCAGCUGAGGAGAAAGUGUAUGCAUGCGGUCAAGCUGAGAAGCCAGUCAGCAGUGGUUCCUCAGCUUCACCACUUCACAGAGUUCCUCCUAGUGUGGAAAACAUGUUGUCACCUGCGCAGCACAGGAGAACACACACUCGAGAAAAAUCUUACAGCUGUAAUGACUGUGGGAAGGCUUUUAGCAAAAGCUCAAACCUCAGUAAUCACAGGAGAAUUCAUUCUGGACAGAAACCUUACAGAUGUAGUGAGUGUGGCAAAGCCUUUAACCACCAGUCACACCUCACAACACAUCAGAGAGAGCAUACAGGAGAGAAACCUUACAAAUGUCCUGAGUGUGGCAAAGCCUGUGCUGAGCAUUCAAGCUUCAACAGACAUAAGAGAGUCCACACCAGACAGAAAUCGUACAGAUGUCUUAAGCAUGGCAAAGCGUUUACAGUGCGCUCAUAUCUUACUCAACAUGAGACAGUCCAUACUAGAGAGGAACCACACAGAUGUUAUGAGUGUGGCAAGCAUUUUACGCAGCGUUCAAACCUUAUGGCACACCAGAGAAUUCAUACAGGAGCAAAACCUUUUAAAUGUAAUAAAUGUGAUAAGGCUUUUAUUGAACGGUCACAACUUUGGGGUCAUGAGAGAACUCACACUGGAGAGAAACUUUACAAAUGUGAUGAGUGUGGCAAAGCCCUUACAAGACAUUCACAUCUUACUCAACAUAAAACAGUCCACACUGGAGAAAAAGCUUACAAAUGUAACGAGUGUGGCAGAGCUCAUACUCAAUUAGCAAGCCUCACCAGGCAUCUCAAAAUACAUACUGAAGACAACAUAAGCUUCACAUAAGUGGCAAUGCUUUGGUCCAAAGCUCAAGGUUUAGGGGUCACCAGAGAUUUUAUAACAAGAAAGAAACUUUAAAGCGAUUCAGACAAAAUUUGUGCAUGUAUUCAAGCCUUACUUAACAUAUGGGAGUCUAUCAAGGAGAAAGAAGACAUAUAGAUGGCCAGCAGACACAUGAAAAGAUGCUCAUCGUCACGGAUCAUCAGGGAAGGGUAAAUCAAAAGCUCAAAGAGGGGGCUUCCCUGGUGGCGCAGUGGUUAAGAAUCCGCCUGCCAAUGCAGGGGACACGGGUUCGAGCCCUGGUCCAGGAAGAUCCCACAUGCCAUGGAGCAACUAAGCCUGUGUGCCACAACUACUGAGCCUGCACUCUAGAGCUCGCGAACCACAACUACUGAGUCUACAAGCCACAACUACUGAAGUCCGGGUGCCUAGAGCCCGUGCUCUGCAACAAGAGAAGCCACCGCAAUGAGAAGCCCACGCGCUGCCACAAAGAGUAGCUCCUGCUCUCAGCAGCUACAGAAAACCUGUGUGCAGCAGCGAAGACCCAAUGCAGCUAAAUAAAUAAAAAUU